CUACAAGACGCCGAUGACGGCUACUUAGGAGAAGAAGAAGAAGCUUUAAUAUAAAAAAACGACUCAUUUCACCAACCAUGACGACGUCCUCGGAGCAACUCGGCACGUUCACGGGUCUUUACGACCUGGGUCCGCAAAACUUUUACUAUGCGGCCUGCGCGGACGGCCUGGCGUGGUUCCAGUCGCGGGGGCUCGACCACUUGGAAAGAGCGAGGCAAGACGACGAGGUUUCGGAAACCGCCCCCAAGCUCGACCUGGUUUGUAUCCAGGAAAAAACACCCCUCCUUAUCCAUUUUUUACAUGACAAGUGGUGGACUUUAUGCACGUUUUGCAUGACAAAUUGGAUGGGGAUGGGUGUUUUUUCCUGGAUAGUUUGCUGCGACAUCGUGCAACCGAUGAACGUAUCAAAUGUAAAAAUGUCUGGGUCUGGAAGCUUGCCAGGUUUGUCAUGCAUAUUUUGGAAGACUCAUGAUGUCUGUGAUGCAUGCUCUAGUUUGACAUAUUUUUAGGGGCCUUUGUCAUGCCUCUAGCGCAUGAGAACUUCCCUCUCCGAGUAGCACAGACUGGAGUUCUAUUGCCGGUCAUGCAAUACAAAUCUUUUUAAAAUCCAGAGAGCAUAGAAAUCUUCCAGACCCAGACAUUUUUGCAUCUAAUAGAACGCGGCCUCGGCCGCGUCGCUGACCACCGGGGGCACGCCCGGGUUCCCGCGGAAACUACUGUACGGACUGCGGACCGCGCACUGCCCGCCGCUGUGGACGCGGGAGGGUCUGGUGGUGGCUGCGGACCACUUCCUGUGGCUCUUUCACGGAUUUGAAGAGGAACCGCUGCGGAUCAGCUUCCCCGGUUUCGAAAUUCCAUCCGCCGACACUGGCAUUCUCAGCUGCGACAGUCUGGGCCGCAUUGCGAUAGUUUUGCGUCGAAAAAUAACUACAGCGUCUUCGACGACUGGCGGUUCAGGUUCUUCUUGUGUGAAAACCAGCUCAAGCACCAGCAGCCGAAACUGCCUUCCGCCGGCGACGCACACCGCAACGGAUGUGCUCGUCGUUCUCGACCCCCGGCCACUGACCGCGGCGGCCUUCGCGCCCGAGCAGCAGAUGUUGUCAACAUCUGGUGGCCCAGACCUGUUCGCACUGCUGGGUCGGUACUAUCCUGUUUCUGUCGAGGAUCAAGCUGGCGGAGGACCAUCAGCGCAGGAGUCCGCCUUGGUCUUGCGGAAGAAAAAGACGCAGUUAUCGUUGGACCUAAACUUCUCCCUGCACCUACCCGAGACGCAGUGUUUAUUCACCUUCGAGCUCGCCCCGCACGAGCGCGUCGACUGUGUGGACUUGGUGUGCCCACCGGGCCCGGACGCCAGCAAAGAGCAGAAACAAGCGCUGUCCGCGUCCAACGCCAUGUUCAACUGGCGGCUGUUGGCCUGUGUGCGCGAGCCGAACACCAUGCAGGGCCGACUGAUGUUGUUCGAGAACGCUAACGCCGCGGGGUACGUCGAGGGUCCGGACGGUUCGCUGGUGGGCAGCCAGGCUGGAGCCAGUCCGAAACGAGCACCACCACCCGCGGACGUGCGGGACGUGCGCGCCGGCGGCCGGCUGGACGCGAUUCGUGCGGCCUUGCUGGAACUGGGGAUCUGCGCGGCUGCAGACCAGCUUGAGCCGACGUGCAUUCGCGACAACUGGGACCUGUUUGGCUCGGUCAGCGCCGCGGAAGCAGCAGACCAAAGUCAGCACAAUACCUCCGCGGCAACGUCGCAAAUAAAGCGGUGCAUGCACUGGUGUGAUUACGCCAAGCCGCAGGCGAAGUGGCUGGGAGGGGGGCGGAUCGCCGUCCUCAUGACCGUGGAUGACCGCUGUGGGAUGUACACUGUGGCGGUUUUCCCGCUUUUUUUCCAUGAGGUGAAGUGGCGGUCGCAUGGCUCGCACCUCCGAAGGGACGAUCCGUUGAAUUGUUGCUGGACAGAUUUUCAACAGCCAAAUCUGGCGCCAACUGGCGAUGCUAGUUCUGCAGCCGCCAGCCUGUCAACCAGCAGCACCAACAGGUCCGCACCGCAUUUGCUCUUUCCCGGCUGCUCGCAAGCGCGCUACGAACGGACGUUGCAGUUGCGGCAGUCCAGCACACCUAACCCGUGGAAUCGGAACUACAAAACCGCCGUGCCGGAGUGUUUUGGGGAAUUUGACGGCAACUCGUUCGUCGUCUUCCAGGACGUGAAGGGCACGUGGCACGGGAUCCUCUCCCGCCCCGGAUCGGCCGGCAAGCCCCCGAAGAACGCCGAAGCAGCGUUGUGUCCGGACGACGCGCGGUUCUGGGACGAGCUGUGUAUGACUUGCUCAAAUCGGUUACCAUCUCAAACGUUACAAUAGAAUCUUCUGGGAUCUGUGUUGCAUGAUGAGCAUGACAGACUCGCACAGCGUUCCACCUUUUGCACUACAAAUUUCGCCAGAUUGUAGUGAAGUUUGGGGCUCCGGAACUUGUCAUGCGCAAUCCUAUGAGAGUUGGCUAGAUGAUGCACUCUUGUAUCACAGAUUUCCAUAUUCUAUUGUAACAGUUGAGAUUGUAACUACACCUGAGCGCGUCAUACUGUGGACGCUGAAUUUCGACCGCGGGCUCUGCAUUCGCCUCCCGGGCCCCCAGGUGCUCACCCGCGGCUGUUUGGUGCCGUUGUUCGCGGAGCCGGCCGCAGCCGACACCGCGCCGGUCUCGCCGUCGCCGAAGCGCGGUGCGUCCUCCACCGCGGCCAGCGUGGAAGGCACGCCAGUGCAGCACACGACGGGUUCCGGCACGGUCGGGGGGCGACCCGGAGUUUUCCAAGGCGGCCCGCGGGGCACGGGGCUGGACACAGGCACUGCGGCGACGUCCCUCGAAGUCACGUCCGCAGGACGGACUCCGACCAACUCCGCGACAAAAAGCGGCACUACGACGCUGGGCUCGCCCACCGGCGGUUCGUCCCGGAACGCGGGACAGGCGGGGGCCAUCUACGUGUUUCACGCGUCGCCGACGGAAAGUGGGGAUGUGUUCUACGUGUGCAACGGCCUGAACCCCGAGGCAGUCAACUACGUUCCCACCUACCGGCUGACCUACACGGGCCGGCGGUUCCCGACCGCACCGCCCCGGUGUCUCAGCAUCCCAGCGCCGUCGCGCGGCGGCGAAAGGGUGCCCUGUGUGGUGUACCUACCGGAAACGUGCGAAUACGUCAAGGACGGCCCGGCGGCGUCGUCCUCGCCUGAAAGAGGUAUAAUGCUGUAUUAUUUCUUCCGGCUGCAGCUGUGAACGAUGUUUCUCGCGUCGCGCAAUGACACUUCGUAAGACGGUGCGUUGAUCCUCAUACACUAUGAUCAGGAUCAUCAUCUUGUUCAAACAAUCGGGAAGGGGAAUGAAUGAAACACUCGUCCAAAUCUACUUCUCAUCAGGUGGUGCGACACGAAGCUCCUCAUCCAGCAGUUCCAGUAGCAGUAGGCUGCAGCGCAAGUACCCAGUAAUCGUGUGGCUGCACGGCGGACCGAACAGCCACACGCGGCUCGAUUGGAUUCCCACUUCCCCGAACGCGCUGGGUUCCGCGUCCCCCAACCGCACCUGGGGGCCGGUGCACCUGGGCCCCUGGCUCGCCAGCCACGGCUACAUUUGCGUGAUGCCAAAUUUCGUCGGCGGCACGCGGUACGGACUGUCCCGGCUCCGCGCCGGGUGGGGCCCCGGCCGGUUCGGCGUCGCGGACGUGAGCGACGUGCUGGAUGUGGGCAAGUAUUUUCGCACCCGCCAGGCCCAGGUCGACUUCUUCGGUGACAAGGGCGCCAGCGAACAGGGCUUCGCGCCGAAGAUCGGACUCGCGGGCCGGAGCUGUGGCGGUUUGGUAACGUUACUGUGUGUGCAGCAAGCGGAAGCCGUGUCCCUCGGAAACUACACGGGCGGGGGCAGCGAAGUGAAGAUGGCCGUGAAGAACGGGGGGUUCCAAGCCUUUCCCACGGUGUUCCAGUGCGGCGUGGCGUUCUGCCCGAUCACCGAUUGGGCCAGGUCGCAACAGUGCUCGAACGACAGCCGGGACGUAUCUCUCCUCGGCGGCUUCGUGACCGAUCCAGUCUGUCCCAACCCUGCGCUGGAGCACGCGCGAAGAAUCAGCCCGGUGUUCGUGCAGGGGCCGCUGCAGGCGCCGGUGCUUGUGAUGCACGGCACGGAAGACCAGGUUGUCACUUUCGACAACUGCCUCCGGUUCCGCGAUUUGGUGCUGAAAAAGCACUGCGGCGGCUACGAAAUGAAGCACUUCGACGCCAAAACGGAAAGCUUUGUCGACGUUGAAAGGGUAGCUCCGGACUUUGAGGGAGGAUCUUCACCGGGUAUUUGUAUUCGUGGUUUGUGAUCUUCACAGGCAGGACGUUUAUUUGAGGCGUAUAAUGCUAGUGCGUAGUCAUGAUGGAGAACGAUUCACAUCUGUGGUGAGGCUGAAUCAAUACGCAAAGCCAGAAACAAGGAACAAUUCAACAGGAGGAUUGCACUAUAUUUUUAAAAACUACAGAUCGCAGCAGGGCGGCGUUUAGUACCUCAGGAGCCGUCAAAAAUGGCGUGACCGCGACAAAUGAGGAGCCGGCGACCUUGAUCACCGUACAAGGCGAGGAUCACACGCUGGUUCGGCAGGCCGGCUGGCGUCGAGAAAUCCCCUUGCUGCUGCUCCACUUUUUCAGCCGCCACUUGCAGCCCUGGGAAUACCCGAACAAUUGCGCGCCCUGGAAUCGGUGACUGAGAAGGUCGAGCAGUAGUUCGCGGGACGAGUAAAGUACACGUCGGGGUGUUGGUAAGCAAUAUACCGAUAAAAACUUCGAAGAAGAUGAUGAUCAAGAUUGUGGAAAUGCAGCUCGAUGUGGACCACUUCCUUUCGUUCCUCCUGCAGCUCUCGAGCAGCAGACACAAGAAAGUGAAGUUCGAGUACAACUUGUUCCAGCAGCUGCUGUUGAACCGAUGACGCCGCCUUGUCGUCGUCGUGGACGAAAGGGAGGUCGUGCAGUGGAUUAGCCUCGUUGACGAAGAGAGUGCCGCACCAGAGGAUGAAGGCCACACGCGAGCUGCCGCUGUCGCUAAAGCACGAUAUCAUAAUUUGAUGAGUACCAUACUAGGCGACGAAAAAGCAUUUCCUCGUCAAGAGCUAGCUUCAUCUUCGAACCCGAGAUCCAGAAUUGAUUCCCGAUGACGGACAACAUGCGUGCC